AUGGCUGCCGCUCCGUCCACCGCCGAAAGCGGCAUCAUCCAUGUCGGCACGCGCAGGUCGGCGCUGGCGAUGAAGCAGACCGAGAUCGUCGUUGAGGGCCUCUCCAAGGCGCGGCCUGACGUGUCGUUCGAGGUCCACAGCAUGCAGACGCUGGGCGACAAGGACCAGAUCACGGCGCUGUACAACUUUGGCGGCAAGGGCCUGUGGACAUCGGAGCUCGAGGCCAAGCUCGUGGCCAAGGAGCUCGACAUCAUCGUCCACUCCCUCAAGGACAUGCCGACAACGCUCCCGGACGGCUGCACCCUCGGCUGCGUCACCAAGCGUGAGGACCCGCGCGACGUCGUCGUCUUCAAGGCCAGCCUCGCCGAGAAGCACGGCUGGAAGGCCCUCGCGGACCUGCCCGAGGGCAGCGUCAUUGGCACCAGCAGCGUGCGCCGCAUCGCACAGCUGAAGCGCCGCUACCCAGGCCUCAAGUUCGCCGACGUGCGCGGAAACAUCGAGACGCGCCUCCGCAAGUGCGACGACCCGGAGGGCCCCUUCUCAGCCAUCAUCCUCGCGGCUGCCGGUCUGUUGCGCAUGGACUACGGCGCGCGCAUCUCGCAGUUCCUCGAGUCGGAGAACAGCGGCACCCUGCACGCCGUCGGACAGGGCGCGUUGGGCAUCGAGGCGCGCUUCGGCGACGAGCGGGUUUUGAGUGUGCUCAAGGAGCUCGAGGACAAGCCGACGAUGCUGGCCUGCGUCGCGGAGCGGAGCGUCAUGCGCACGCUCGAGGGAGGAUGCAGCGUGCCGAUCGGCGUUGAGACGACCUGGGUCGAGGACGGCAAGAAGCUGCGCCUCAAGGCGACGGUGGUGCACGUCGACGGCACGCACGGGGUGGACGCGGAGAGGAUCGAGGCGAUCACUACCGCGGAGGAGGCCGACGACUUUGGCAAGCUGGUGGCACAGGACCUGGUGGACGGAGGCGCACAACAGAUCCUCGACGACAUCAACCAAGUGCGGCCGGUGAUCAUCGGAGGCGGUGAAAGCCUUGUACUCCUCCUCGCUCAUCAGAGACUCGAGCUCCUGGACGCCGGCCUCGUCGACCUCGACCUUUGCAAUCCAGCCGCCGCCGUGAGAGUCGUCCUCGGGGACCUUGUUGAUGGUGCCGGGCUUCUCCUCGAGGCCGAGGUUGACCUGGGUGACCUUGCAGCUGAUGGGAGCGUUGAUGUCGGCGGCGCUCUUCACGGACUCGACGGCACCGAUGGCGUCGCCCUGGGCGACCUGGGCGCCCUCCUCGGGCAGCUCGACGUAGACGACGUCGCCCAGCUGCUCGGCAGCGUACUCGGAGAUACCAACGACGCCCGUCUUCUUGUCGGCGUUGAGGUCAACCCACUCGUGGUCCUUUGUGUACUUGCGUAUUAA